AUGAUAACUCCAAGACGUACUGCAAAUGCGGGCUUUAAUCUCCAAUCUUCUGGUGCGGAUUUACUUGACGAGAAUGGUCAAUGGAAAUGGCCUCAAGCAUGGUAUGAUCUUUAUCCAGUAUUGAUUGGUUUGAGUCUUGAAUUGCCUAGUUCUCAGUUACAGGAUCAAACGGUUUGGAAGGAUUUGGAGGGUAAUCAUCGGCACUUUAGCUCGUUGGAAGUUUGGCAUAGUAUUCGUACACGAGACAUUCCUAUUAGCUGGGCGAAUAUGGUUUGGUUCAGCCAAUGUAUUCCACGACAUUCAUUUCAGUUAUGGUUGGUUAUAAAAAAUAAGCUGAGAACUCAGGAUCAGCUGAAAGUUUGGGAAGCGGGUAGUGAAACAAAUUUAAGGCUCAUGUGCUGCCCCCUUUGCCAACAUGAUCGAGACUCGAGAGACCAUCUUUUUUUCUCGUGUGCUUUUGCUUCGCAGGUCUGGACGAAUGUAAAGGCUAUGGUUGAUAUGGCUAGUGUUACUGAAUCAUGGGCCUCUAUUUCGGCGUGGAUGGACCAGCACUCGAAUUCAAAAAGAUUGGAUCAAGUGGUGUGUAAGUUGGUGCUUGCGGCUGCGACUUAUUUCAUUUGGCAAGAACGUAAUAACCGGCUUUUCUCUAGACUUGAAUGUUCGGUUAUUCAGGUGACCGAGAAGAUUAAAAACACUGUUCGGCUUCGGUUAAUGGAUUUCAAACUUCAAGGGCAUGUGGAUUAUAAUAGAGUUGUGAAGAAGUGGCAGAUCCCAGUAAGGGCGCUGAACGAAGACCCGGGUUAA